ACACCUCGUGUCUUAUACGUGUAGCACCUGGAAAGAUGCAGGCCCUCCGCCGCUCCGCCUCCGCGGUCCUGACCGGCGUGCGCCGAAUGGGAACCGAUGCUUCGAUGACCCAAGACAAGCUGUGGGCCCGGCACUUCCCUAAGCCCGCCGAGACCCCGGAGCAGAUUAAGAAGAACAUCAGCAAGGAGAUGGUGGGCUUCAUGCUGCUGGGCCCCGUCGGCGUGGCUUUCAUGCUCUAUGACUUCGUUGUUGGCCUGGAGGAGGAGCACCACGUUACCAUCCCACCGUACCCCUGGAUGCGUAUCCGCCGCUUCCCCGGCAUGCCUUGGGGUGAGGACGGCCUGUUCGAGAAGCACCCCCGCGUUGCUAAGGUCUGGCCCCCGGAGGAGGGCCUGCCCGCCAAGCACUAAAUGGACCCUGAUAUAGCCUGAAGCUUCAGCUCGCAGCAGCUGUAAGCUCAGGCACGUGGCUUAAUUCCGUUUUGCGAGCUGUUGUAGAGUAGGUCAGCAUCGAACGAGGUGGUGGGAUGGUAGUGGGUAGCAGCCUUGUGCUGUGUCACUGGGGUAUGAUACAUGUAUGUGUAUGCGUAACAUUCGCCAGGGCGCGUUUGGCGGAUUGGGCACUGAGAGUGGGAGCUGGUGUGCGUUUUGCACGUAACCCGCUCACGCGUGUAAAGUAUUUACUGGUU